CCUAUAAAUCAAACGCAUCAAUUUUAAUUCAUGCAAAAAAUUGUUUAAAAAUGACUUGUCAAUGUGUAUAUAAUUCAUGAUCCAUUAAUUACUUUUGAUCGACGUAUUAGAGUUAUUCUACAUGUUCAAUUAAAUUAAUUAAUUUGAAUGUAAAAAGGUAUUAAUGUAUGAAAUGUAAAAAUGCUUUCGUUCACGUAUACAGUAAUAUGCAUAUACGCGCGCAUAUUCGAUUCUUAUAUAUAAAAGGAUGGGACUCGUCGAAUCGUUUCAUUGUUAGUUAAGGACCCGAUAUUGAAUCAACGAGAGUGUCAAUUAUUCUUGUCAAUUGUUAUUUUAUGAAAACUUUGGAGUUUUAAUUGUUUCUAGAAAGGAAGUUAGACGGAGUUAGACUGCAGAUAUGAGUGCGCAUUUUGUCAAGGUGGAUAUAAUCUUUCUCUCAGUCUCUAUCAUGUGUAUGAUAUCACUUGCCAACGCUGCUGAAAAUUUGGCGCAGAAUAAAUCUGAAAAAUUGUCUACGGAUUCACUGGAAAACGAAUCACAAUUCCAAAUAAAGAGAACCAUAUCUGACGUUGAAAGAUCUGAAAGGAUAAAUCGUGGAUUUGAAAAAAUAAUCGAGUUCGUCAAUGUUUUGGGCCAAAUGGAUAAUUUUGUUUACGACAGAACAAAAAACAUCAUUCGCAAGCUCAAUGCAAUUUACGAUAUGGACGAUAAUGAAAGAUAUCACGGGUCUUACUCUAAAUCGUAAUUAAUAGCUAGAAAAUUAUUAUUUCGAGUCUCCUUUAUAUACGGUUAAAAUGAAAAAAAAAUAUAUAUAUAAUAUAUUAAUA